CCCAGAGAUGCGGCGCGAGAUACGUCGCGAGCUUGUAGACGACGACUCUGAGCAUGGACUGGUCGCCAAAAUUACGAAGAAGGUCAUAGCCGCUGUGAAGGACAUCUUUGGGAGACGUUCUUCUUCGAGGAGGCAUAGAUCAUCAUCCAGCCAUGCCAGUCGUCAUAGACAUGGGAGUGAGGAGUACGACCAGCCGAGCCCUAGUCGCAGACGGUCUACAUCUCACAUUCCUAGUCCUAGGCGAUCAGAGCGUGAGGAUCCACCUCAUGUUAGCCAUAGGCACUCAGUUGGAGACAUGGAUCCGCCUCGUGGCAGUCAGAGACGCUCAGAGCGUGGAGAGGAUCCACCCCGUGCGAGUCAGCGGCGAUCUGCCUCACGUCACAGUGAGAGGGAGGCAUCUAUGAGGCGAUCAGCCUCACAUCAUGGUGAGGGGCAGACAUCUUUGAGGCGAUCCGCCUCACGUCACAGUGAUCGCCCAGGGCCAUCGGCUGGGUACCAACGUCCAGAGACCCCUGCGCCUAAGGCGGGGGAUGUAAGUGAUGAUCUGAAUUUUUCCUGGACGUCGUCAGAGGAGGAGGCGGGUGCUAGAGAGAGGCCUCAAUUGGUUAUUGACCCGGACUUGCCGUAUGGUAAGGCCCUGCUGAAGGCGAAGAAGCGGGGCUUCAAGGCGUUUAUGAGAUCGCCGCCGGGUACUUAUGUGCAAGUGAUCGAGACGGGUUGGGUGAUGUCGCAGGAGCUAUUCCACAGGAUUCUGAAUCCUCGCGUGGAGUUCGACGGGGAGAUAUUAGACCUCUGGAAUCUGAAGGCUCUCCGACGGCUCCGUCAAAAUCAGCAGUGGAUAGCUCGGGGACAGACGAGGCUCGUUGCAGGCGUGACACGGGAGAGAACGCCGAUAGCUUUUCUGGAUUUUUAUGAGACCCUUUUCAGAGAGUUCAGGUCGUUGCAUCCGGAUGAGCAAGAUUGGGACAACAUUCGGGAUCGACACGGAUACGAGGAGUGGGUGGUGCCCGAAAAGCUGAUCGCCAUGUUUCAUGGAACUGAUUCAGGCCAUACAUGGCCUUGGUUGGAAGCGAAAGAGAUAAUAGCUAUGUGCAAUCUCGAUAAGAGUCAUUGGUGUACUGUGGUUAUAUCUAUCUCCGCAUGGGAGGUGAGAGUGUAUGACUCACUGAUACAUGUGGAAGGUGCACGAAAGCGUCGAGAAAAUGCAAUGAAGCCAAUCACUCGCCUGAUGCCUAAAUUGCUGCACACUGUGGGUUAUUAUGCACACAAUACCGUGAGGUAUGUUGCCGCUCCAGAUAGGCCUAUGAAAGUCGUCAUUAUGCCAAUCAGAGAGCAAUUCAUCCAAGAAGAUAGUGUAAGUUGUGGUGUGUUUGCAUGUGCCUAUCUGGAUCGUUUGAUUUGUGGCGCACCAACACGUGAGCAGCUGAGGACACCCGCACAGAUACAAAAGUUUCGACAAAUUAUAGCUAUUAGGAUAUGGGAGUUGUGUACGGAUCCUCCCCCUAUUCAUUUCAGUUGAUGAACAUUUUUUUUGUGUUAAAAUACACUUGAUUUGCUGUUGUUUUGUGGUUUGAUUUUAGCUUA